ACAGUCAGUGUCAUGACAGCAGAUGGUGACGGUCAGUGUCUCGCACUUAUCAUCAGUACGGCACACGGCACUCACCAGUCAACAAUCGGUCAGACUGUCUCACCUAAGGCCUCAAUCCACGUCCUGGAUGCCAUGGUCUCUAUCCUCGCCACAAACCGCUCAAACAGCUCCUUGAGCACUAUGCGCCGCACCGGCUUCUCGAUGAACGACGUGUCGAACAGAGAACUCGCAUCGGGGUGAGACAAAAUCACGUUCUGCAGAAAAAGGGAUACACAGCAGAGGCUGCCCAUCUUUGGCCCCCGUGUGUGGUGAGCAAAGAGCACAUGGCCGUCUCACCUCUUUGCUCUGCGCAGUGCACCUGUGUCCAUUAACAACACGAGUGUGUGUGUCUCUCUGUGUGUGUGUGGUUUGCUCACAGGGCCAUGAAGAUGGGCGGCGCGCGUCUUGUCCGUUCCAUGUCGUGGAGCAUCUUCCGAAUGCUCCUCGCCGCCGCCACUCCGUCGCUCUCCGGCAUCUCCAAAUCCGUCAGCAGGAAUAUCGGCCUGAACGAAACACACCAAACGCACUUGCAAGCGAGCAAUCACAUGUCUCUCUGUGUGGAGCCCUGGCGGACGCGUCGCUUUGGUUGAGCCUGUCUUUGACGGCGUUGACGAGCUCGACGCCGUUCAAGGCCCAGGUCAUGCUCUCCUCGGGCCAGCCCAUCUUUGUGAUCAUCAGCUCGAGCGACUGCCGGUUGAUGAAGUCGUCGUCGGCCAGCACUAUGUGGAUCUUGAGGCGCUGCAUCUUUUCCAUAAGCUCUUUGAGUGCGGUGGCGUCGAUGGUCUGCCGCAAGGGACUCCUGUCGCCCCUCCUGCCGACGUUGAGCUCAAACACGCCCCAGCACUGGAAGCGGAGAAUGGCUGUCGUGCCUUUGUCGAUGCCCUCGGACUCCAGCCGGCAGUCGCCUCCCAUCGCCAUGGCCACCAUCCGCGCGAUGGAGAGGCCAAGGCCAGUGCCGAUAAGGGCAUCCUUGGCUUGCACUUGCUGCGUUACAGAGCAAUGGGCAGAUUGACGUCGGCAGAGACAGACGCUCAGACCCUUUCCAAGUGGCUUGCUGACCUCAAAUUCUUUGAAGAUGCUUUGCAGCUUAUCGUCAGGGAUGCCCCGGCCGCUGUCUGCACAGACAUCCGACAGAUAAAGAAGAAGAGCUUACCAAGCCCAGCAAAGCUUCCACCGACCUUUGACCCUGAUCUCGAUGGCGUAUUUCUUCAUCGACUCGACAUCACACGACGGAUGCUUAGCCAGGUCAAAGGCGGGCGGCUCGCCGUCCUGACGACGGAGGGACAGACAGUAAUUACACAUGGGGGCCUCCAAUUGACAUUACCUGGUCCGCUGCCAGCUCAGAAGUGACGGACACUUCAACAGACCCUACAGGCAGACAGACAGAGACACGAGGCACAAGGCAGGAUCCACCCACGGGAAAGCUUCGCCGCUGUCCAUGGUGACCUUUCUCGGUCAUCUUGACGGCAUUCGACAGCAGGUUAUUUGCCGCUUGUGAAAUACGGACGCUGUCGCCAUAGAUGAAGUAGGGCAGGUGAGACAGCGAGGGGACCUCAUACGUCAGCUUCUUGAGUCUCGUGGUCGGGAUGUGCAGGUGGAAGACCUUCUUCAGCGCUGCCCGGCAGUCCAUCCAGUCGAGAUGCAGGUCGAACACAUCGCUAAGGGUCGUCACGUUCCUUCGUUCGUCGUCCUGCGAGGCCGCGUAGAGAAGUCUUGAUGCUGUCUUUUUUACUCCCUCCCAGCUGCAGCAGGUGGGCGUGACGUCGAGAGAGGACGAUGGACGCCGCAAAGCGCCUCGGUCGAUGCGGUCGAUGCGGUCGAGGCUGAACUUGCGCUCCCGCUUCAGGGUCAGGCGAGAUACCUCGAGGAGAUUAUUGGUCAGCAGCAGCAUGUACUCGCCGGCGCUGCUCAUUAUGUCCACAUAGCCGUAGACUGCAGUACGAAUGCGGGGGGGAUAGGCGUAGAAGCAUGCAGUCACUUGUUCGAGAAAUGACAGGCGUACUUGGGUGUUCUGAGUUUAUUUUGAGGUUCUGGUCGAGGUCAUUCCUCAUGAAGUCUGCCGCGUUAAUGACGCCAUUCAGGGGGGUCCUGAGGUCAUGUGUAAUUUUCGCGAAAGUCGCAUGCUGGGCCGCCAGGAACCUGUCCUUUUCUUCCGUCAUCUUUUGGAUUCGGUGUUUGUCUCGUAUCACUUCUCGACAAUUUCUCUCCAUGGUGAUGCUCACCCACACCAGCAAGAGCGCCGUCACUGGAGAGAUACCAACGAAAGACCAAGAGAGAUAACGUCGCAUGCUGGUUGCGAGCCGUGUACUGCUUGUCAGCCAACCUACAUCCAGGUGGGAACACCCUACGGCAUCGUGCAUGUGGGCAGCCACAGACAGAUAGAUACCCAUGUGGGGACAGGAGCAUAGGGCCUAGGCGUAUGACAUACCAUACGUACCUGCUGAACAUUCCUUCCCGAUCGACGAUAGCUUCAGCUACAAUUAACCUGUCGGUGUGCAAACAAGACAGAAGGCGACUUAUUGUCGUGCAUUGCCGUAUAGCUUGUGAUACCAGGAAAACAUCGACAGGCACACACACCUACAGGCAAAGAACCAAAAGCCAAAGAAGACAGGCCGUCCAUUAAAUCGAUGUACAAUACAGCGAGACACAUACCCAGCGAGGAAGCUGUUCGCUUUGAACACUGCGAAUGAUGACACAUCAGGGAGAUUGCUCAACGAAGCCAUGAUGCGAGAACAUGUGUGUGUCUCUACCUGUCCAGUAGGCCACCAUGCCCAGUGCAUAGCCGAAAUCAGCCCCAGGUAUUUCUUUGCACCGCGCUUCAGCGGGCAGGAUUUCCAGCAGGGUACUGCGGCUGAAACGGUAUCGCGAGUGGAAGGCGUUGAGGCAUCCAACAGCACAGAAACAGAUCGUCAUGAUGCGCAAGUCGAUGAGACGGGAAGCGUGUGUCUUGUUGGGCCAAAUCGCUCGGACGGUUAAGAAGGCUCCGAGAAGGCCCACAACCACACUGCAUGACAACAGACGAAUAGACGCCGCUGCAUCUCACAUAGGCGGACAGCUGUGCGCAUAAUUCUCUGCCUUACGCGUCGCGGACUAGCCGUGAAAAGAAGAAAUCCCCGCUCUUCGCCAAUCUGCCGGCCUCAGAGGCAAUGUGCCCGACAAGCCCGGUUAUAAAGACCAGUAGCGGGACCUGAAGCACACACACACACACACACACACACACACACAGAGAGAGAGAGAGAGAGACAUGGUGAGAGAGAUGUAGAGAUGGCAUGGGGCCGGCCCUGCGCCACUGCUUUGAACGUACCUUGAUCCAUCGAAUGAGAUCAUUGUACACCCACUUUUGGAAGGUCAUCUCCAUCUUCCGAUCCACGAAUUCGACCUUCAGACUGUAGGCAGCAUUCAGCAUCAUACAACGGAUUCACACAGAUCCACUGGACACAGAUGAGAGUGCGGGGCUCACCAGGGCAUUCCGCUCCACACGGGGUGGCAAUCUAGGUCAGCCCAGUUCGCGGAGGCAUUCCGCAGCAGCUGUCGGGUCACAGUCUCAUCGUCAGCUGUCUUGCCCUUCUCCAGGUCGGGGACCUCCGCUUUCGCAUCUGCUUUCGGCUGCUCAUCCAUCACGAUCGACGAGAACACGAGUUCAGUGUAU